UACUGGAACGUCGUCCAGGUGUCGUUCGGGUCGACAGGGCCUGCGCUGUCCGACCAGUUCGAGUUCCCGCUGUUCCUCCGCACGGUGGCGCCAGAUUCUAGCCACAAUCCCGCGCGAAUCGCGCUUAUCAAGCACUUUGGAUGGGACACCGUAACAGCUUUAUCGCAAAAUGGAGACAUGUACUCACUGGCAGUUAAUGAUCUCGUAACCGAAUUAGAACAAGCCAACAUAACCUGCACUGCAACAAUAACUUUCGGGGAGAACGACUAUAAAGAACAAUUAAAACUACUCAAGGAAUUCGACACAAGAAUAAUUAUCGGAAGUUUUUCACCCAAGCUCGCACCUCUUCUAUUUUGUGAGGCCUACAAAUUGGGAAUGCAUGCGGGGGACUACGCAUGGAUUUUACCAGGAGAAACAAUCGACAUGUCGGGAAUGACUCGGGUUUCCGGAGGCUGCUCACCCUCUCAACUCACGCAGACCCUCAACGGUCUCAUUAUUGUUAAUAGCUACGGCAGGGCUUUAAGUCAAGAACUGAGCUCUUCUGGUCUGACGAGUGAAGAUUUUGCAUCAGAGCUGAACAAAAGAGGUGUCACGAUGUCACGAUUCGCAGCCCAAACAUUUGACGCGGUUUGGUCGAUAGCAGUGUCUCUCUCAAACACUGAAUUAAUAUUAAAUGAACGCAACACGAGUAUUGCUGAGUACACACACGCACGGAAGGAUAUUGCUUAUGACCUGCUCAACGAAUUGAAAAAUCAAAAUUUCCUCGGCGUUUCCGGGCCAGUUUCUUUCGAUGGAGCUGAUCGAGUUGGAAUUACCGCAUUUUAUCAAAUGCACAGUCACACUGUGAGAAGAAUUGCAAUUUACACCCCCGAGGAUGAAAACCUGACACUAGAUUGCCCUGGAUGUGGGCAGGUGCGUUGGCCAGGGGGAGUUCCCCCUGUAGCUCGUCGCGUCUUUCGAAUUCGCAUGAUGACAAUAGACACCGCGGCUUUUCUGACAGUAUCAUGUCUAGCGAGCAUCGGAAUGACGUUGGCGCUGUCAUUUCUGGCCUUCAAUCUUCAUUUUCGGCGACAUAAGAGCAUUAAACUCUCGAGUCCGAGGCUCAACAAUAUGGCUGCAGUUGGAUGCGUUCUAGUUUAUGGAGCUGUUAUUCUUCUUGGAUUAGAUCAUAAGACACUGCCUAAUGAUUAUUUUCCUACUAUUUGCACGGCACGUGUCUAUUUACUGUCAGCCGGGUUUUCGCUGGCAUUUGGUUCAAUGUUUACAAAAACCUACCGGGUUCAUCGUAUAUUCACACGAAGUCGCAGCGGAGUUGUUAAGAACAAGCUACUGCAAGACACUCAACUAAUUAGUUUAAUAUGUGUGCUUUUACUGAUCGAUGGACUUGUGGUAACGCUGUGGGUGACAUUGGAUCCAAUGGAGCGAUAUCUUCGUAACCUCACGUUAGAGAUAAGCCCUCAGGAUCGCGGCGUUGUCUAUCAACCACAGGUUGAAGUAUGCCGAUCACAGCACACUAAUGGCUGGUUGGCUUCUUUGUACGCUUACAAAGGCCUUUUGCUGGUUGUCGGUGUCUACAUGGCCUGGGAAACACGACACGUGAAAAUCCCGGCGCUCAACGACUCCCAGUACAUUGGAAUGAGCGUAUAUUCGGUGGUAAUUACCUCUGGAAUAGUGGUAGUACUUGCGAAUUUAAUGUCAGACCGUGCGACCCUUGCGUUUGUCACAAUCACUGCCCUAAUUAUGGCCUCCACGACGUCGACACUUGUCCUGCUCUUUCUCCCUCAGCUCAACAAUAUCAUGGGUGGCGAAAGGACUGAUCCAGUUGUUCAGAGCUUGGGGUUGAAAAUUGAGUUCAAUACCAGGAGAUUUGUCACCGAUGACAGAAGAGAGCUCCAAUACAGAGUGGAAGUACAGAACCGUGUGUACCGCCGUGAAAUGGCACAAUUGGAAUUAGAAUUAGCGAGACUGGAAAAACAAUUAGGCCAAGAGCCAGUGGAUCCCUCUCACGCCUCGUCGAGUGCGUCUAUACCCCAACGAAAUCCAAGCAUCGGAGGUGGAUUACCUUUGUUAUUGCUGAGUGUGCUUCCACCAGUUAUUCCGCGGGCCAGUUGGCCGUCCGCGGAUUCUUCUGGCAUGCGUCGCGGAACCGUAGCAUUUAGCAGCCAGCCGGAUUUGGAACCAGCUGGACCCAGGAGAAGCUUAGCCGACAUUUAUAAGCUUCAGUGGAGACGCGAAACUGAGGGUCCCAAUCGAUUGGGAGUUUUUCAAAGGCUGUUUAGUUUGUUUGGGAGCCGGCCUAACAGCAGAAAGACUUCAACUGCUUCAUUUACUGGUGUAGCAUCAGCAUUAAAAGUACACAUGGGUUACAUAGCGGGACUGGUACCGGGUACAAAAGCCUCAUCAACAUGUCAAAUGAACAUGCCCCAGGGCUUGCAAUCGAGCCACCACUGUGGAUCGGGACCCAUUAUCAACAUCACCAGCGACGAGGAGCGGCGCUUAAGUUUGGGCUUAAGGCGGAAGGAAAGCAGCGAGCCGAGGGUUAACUUCAGUCUCCCUUCAAAAGCGAAUGCAAGCCAGAGUUCAUCCCGUGAGAAGAUCCGAGGAUCUCCGCGAUUUCCGCACCGAAUAAUGCCAGCAACUAGCCUGAACACUAUUUCCGUGGAUGUUAACGCGUCCCAGCCUCUGCGAUGGCAUUCCAUGGAAGACGCAUCGCGUUCGAAGAAUCAAAAUUCGACGCGCCGAAAUAUUGACGUUAAUAUUUAUUUAAACGUUAACAAUUCUAAUAAUAAUAAUAAUAAUAAUAAUAAUAAUAAUAACAAUAAUGUUAAUGUCAAUAAUAGCAACAGUCUAUUGGGACAAUACAGUUACGCGGUUAAUUACGACGUUUGGGCGACGCACCAAGUUGGGAUUCCCCUGAGUGAAUUAGCAAACACAGCUCGAGGACAGCGACAACGACAACUUAACAAUGAUCCUCGAAAUAAUCAACAACAGUCCCUGAUUAUUCCGGCUGAUUCUGAUGUCAGAGCUGAUGAUUUGCUCGCCUGUGAUUUCAGCGAACUCUUUAGGGAGAAAAAUAUUUUAUUCGCUCAGAGUAAUAUUGAUGAAACGCCCAAGGGAAGAAAUACUGAAGCUGAAGCUGAAGCUGAAGUUGAAGCUAAAGAAGAAAAUCAAAUAAAUAAUUCAUUAAGCAAUUAUACUGAUAAUUAUAAUAAUGAUAAUGAUAAUGGAGAACCUUCUAAUAGAGAUGUAGAGACUAAUAACUAA